AUGAAUUUCCCCAGUUAUUUUGUCUGCCUGGUUUUCCUUUUCACUUUUUAUCUCGAUAUAACCAACUCCUUUGUGGCCUAUACAGCUUCCAGCACUCAUGGUAUAUUUGCCGCAAUUGCUGUUCCGCUUGAGUUGCCCCAUCGAAAUGUGUUUGUCUCUUAUAAUUUUGAGGCCAACUACAAUUUACCCACAAACUGGGAGAAAUGGACAAUAUUUCAAAAUGGUCCCAUAGAGUCGGAGGAAGUGGUGGCAGACACCGAUACUGAAACGGAGGCGGAGUCUUCCCGGAAAUUGGUCGCUGGGUGCCAUAACUGCACGGUGGAGGAAAAUGAAGUGGGCGGUGAGGAACACGAGGAAUCCACUGAAGUAAACCACCAUGAACGAAAAGUUCGAUCCCUGCUCACUCGUUCAAAUAUAUAUCGCAUAUUUAUAGACAAAUUAAAGAGGAGUGGUUUUCAAGGCGAAACUUGUUUGCUACGGCUGAUUUGUGAAACAAGUGCUGCGCAAUUGGAUGAAUUCAAUGGUGUUUUGGGCAGUUUAAUGCAUGUCUUAUUAAGUCCCAGCACUUCCGAGUCAGAGGACCUGCCCCUGCGUUAUUACCAAGCGGAACACGAUGGUUCGAAUGAUCAUUGCCAGUUCUAUGAACCCGGCUGUGGAGAAAGUAUUCUUGAGCUUAUAUCAGAACCAUUUGAGGAGAUUUUGAAACACAUUGAAAGCAAUAAAAUAUAG